ACAGACUGGGAGAAGGGAGAGAACAGAGGCGGUAAGUCUAAAGUGUAGGGAAACCUGGAUUUGUCUCCUGGUAACGGUGUUCGGGCUUUCCCACUUACUAGGUGCUUCAUCAAGCAAGCCAGUAGCCCUGUUGUGCCUCAGUUUCUCUGUCUGCAAAGCAGGGACACUGGUGGUUGUAUGGAUACUUUCUGGGGUUGGUGGAGAUGAAAUGGGUUAAUCCCAGUCCCAGGAGGCCUGGGAUGCUCCUGGGGAGCAUGCUGGGGCCUGUGCUGGCUCACAGGGGGCCCAGUCGGAGGCUAAUGAGCAGGUGAGGCCACAGCCAGACUGAGGCUGAGCUCAGCGUCUGCGCUCUGUGGAAAUGGCCGAGCCAGGGUUUCAGGGCCACACUGCAGGACGGUUGCUGCUGCUGCUGCUGCUGCUAAUGCCACCCCAGGCCCUGCUGGAGGGACCCCUGCUGUUCGUGGCUCUGGUGUUCCGCCAUGGGGACCGUGCCCCACUGGCCUCCUACCCCACAGACCCCCACAAGGAAGCGGCCUCCACCCUGUGGCCUCGAGGCUUGGGCCAGCUGACCAGGGAGGGCAUCCGCCAGCAGCUGGAGUUGGGCCGCUUCCUACGGAGGCGCUACAAGGCCUUCCUGAGCCCCGAGUACCGUCGGGAAGAGGUGUAUAUCCGCAGCACAGACUUCGACCGCACGCUGGAGAGCGCACAGGCCAACCUGGCUGGGUUGUUCCCUGAGGCUGCACCUGGGAGUCCAGAGGCUGACUGGAAGCCCAUCCCAGUGCACACCGUGCCAGUUUCUGAGGACAAGUUGCUGAGGUUCCCCAUGCGUAGCUGUCCCCGGUACCAUGAGCUCCUGCGGGAGUCCACAGAGGCUGCUGACUACCAGGAGGCCCUGGAAGGCUGGACGGACUUCUUGACCCGCCUGGGCAACUUCACGGGGCUGUCCCUGGUUGGAGAACCCCUCCGCAGGGCGUGGAAAGUUCUGGACACGCUGAUCUGCCAGCGUGCCCAUGGCCUUGCCCUCCCAUCCUGGGCCUCCCCAGACGUCCUGAAGACACUGUCACAGAUCUCAGCCCUGGAUAUCAGGGCACAUGUGGGCCCACCCCGGGCAGCCGAAAAGGCUCAGCUGACAGGAGGGAUUCUGUUGGAUGCUAUCCUCAGCAACUUCUCCCGGGCCCAGCGCCUGGGGCUGCCCCUCAAGAUGGUCAUGUACUCAGCUCAUGACAGCACCCUGCUGGCCCUCCAGGGGGCCCUUGGCCUCUAUGAUGGGAACACCCCGCCCUACGCCGCCUGCCUGGCCUUCGAGUUCCGGGGGCGCUCUGGGGACCCUGAGGAGGAAGAAGACGGAGAGAACGUCACUGUCUCCCUCAUCUACCGCAACGACACCUCCCGCCCGCCCCUGCCCCUCAGGAUCCCCGGAUGUCCGGCCCCCUGUCCACUAGGGCGCUUCCAGCAGCUGACCGCUCCAGCCCGACCUCCAGCUCACGGGGCCCCCUGCCAUGGCUCAUAUGAGCCUGCCAGCCCCCCAGCCACGGUGCCCCUGCUGGCCGGAGCUGUGGCUGUGCUGGCUGUGCUGAGCUUGGGGCUCGGCCUGCUGGCCUGGAGGCCCAGCUGCCUGCGGGCCCUGGGGGGUGCUGUGUGAGCGGGGAUGGGCAGCUCCCCCCAACCCCCAGCUGGCAUGGAUC